CCGACCAUGAGUGACAGCGACGAGAGCCGUUCAUUUGCCAGUAUGAUUGCGGACAACGAACCUGAUCCGACGGAGGUAGAGGAACCGGGACCAAUUGGUUCGGCAGUAACGGAAGGAUACUCUUUGGUAAUCCUGAUCAAAUCUCUUGUAAUAUCUGACGUCCCUGAAGAUGACCCUCGUAUGUUGGACAUCUGCAUCAUACUGGGAGAUACCGAAGCCAAGCUCUCCGGAACCAUGGCAGAGAUCAACGGUCAACGGCGUGGCAGUGCGAUAAGUGUUCCUGCUUCCAACGCCAACGAAUUCAAGCAAUAUCUGAUGGAUCACAGCCUACGUAUAGCCAUCUGCCAUGAAGCGAACGAGUUAGGUCGAUCCACUAUUCAGCUGGCAGCUACAAAUCUGGCAAAGUUCGAACCACCUGAAUUUGAGCCAACGAUGAUCAAGAAUGGCUUCCUGAUCGAACAAGGGGCGUGCUCGAUUGGAACGAUCAAUCUACUUCUGAAAACUGAUCGCGUUAAACCAGCUGUCGAGCUAGAUGCAUCGAUGCUCGAAGACGAUGACAGUGUGAUGUACAUACUGAACGAUUCUCCACUACGUCGAUCCAGCGAGUAUCAGGAAGAUACUAUGAGGCAGUUGCUGACAUGCAAGAAAUGCAACGUCCUGAAAAGCCCCAGUGAAAUCAGCUGUAAGUACGAACUGAUCGAUGGUAUUUUGGUGAAUAAUGAUUACCCGAAAAAGGAUCCGGAUUUGGAGACAAUUAAGCGAAAGAUUGAGCAAAUCGAACGGGAAGCUAAACUGUACCCGGUGGGUAAAGAGCAGGAACCACCGAAGGAAGCAGCGAUCGAGCGUUUCUGCAAAGAUUGCGGAGGGUACUCGGUUACCGGAGCUACUUGUGCCAAUUGGAAAAGACCAACGGCUGUUCCGGUGUUUGAAGCUAGCUGUGGAUACCCUGAAGGAACAGCAAAGCGUUUCAGCGAAAACGUGUCCGUCGGGAUGCCAGAAAACGUGGCACGGAUUUCGGAGCCCAACUUUGCUUUCUCCAGAGAUGCCAAUGCAAGAUUUCAUCAAGUGCGAUCGGAAAGUUAUCCAUUACAUCCAAUGCAACAUCAAGGAACCAAUAUCUUUUGUCCGCAGUCCGUUGGCCAUCGAUUCUGUAAACGUUGUAGUCUCAACAUGGACUGGCUACCCCUGUACAGUGCUUGUCCAAAGUGUGGUUACAUGGAUCCUGCUGAUCGUCCUACCACGCCAUACCCAACUGGACCGAAAACCGAUCCCAACCGACUAGAUUCAUGGAUGGGUAGCUUCGAGCUGCCCGAUCAUCGCCGGAGCCGUUCAUCAAUCGGUACCAUCCGUUCCGUUUCUUUGGAUUUGAAAUCCUGCCCAUUGUGUAAACUACGUGGCGGACGUUGUCCUGACUGUAAAAAACGCACUUCCUUGGCACAUGCCGAUCACCCUGAACAAUAUUGCACCACUCAAUCAUCGACUUCAGAUUCGGAAAUGCUUGCCAAAAGGGUAAUGGAGAGACCCAAAACCAGACCAUCUCUGCGGGACCGGUUCGGUGGAUUUCCGAAGAAAAUAGACAAAGCUGCUCGAGUGUCGGAGCUCUUCAAAUUGUACGGGGAGGAUUCCACAUCCAAACAAGAACAACCGAGGCGUAGCUCUGUUGUUUCGCUUAAUGUAGAAGAGAUCUUGAAAAAGACAGAUACGCACAAAAGGAAGAUUCUUUCGGGAGGGGUACAAAGCAUCGAACUGCGGAAAGUUGACUCAAAGCCGGCAGAUAGGGCCAAUAUCAAUGGCGAAUCGCUCAGUUCCAAGCAGAUUCGUAAAAACCAACGGAGUUUGCUGCAGCGAAUCAAGAAACAAAAUCGAGGGAAAUAUUCCUACCAUUCCGGUAAUCGCUAUCCUGGAAUAGUCAUUGGGCAUCGCGAAUGCAUACACCAGGGAAGCUCCGUCCCACCGCACAUGGGUUGGAUGUGGAACGUGAAAACUCUUGGAAUUGGUAAAAUUAGGAAGGGAUGGCGCCCUGGUGCGGUCCGGAAACCAAUUAAAGAGUUGAUGCAGCACUUUCUGGUAAGUUAUCCACUGGAUAAUGUGCCUGUUAGUAGGAAGGGUGGACGCCGGCUCAGGUUCUCCGAAAAUGAUCCAAUAUCUUUGAAACAGAAACCAACUCUGCAAAUCAUUAAGAAAAAUGGAGAGUACUGUAUUGUCAUGAAUCCACUAAAAGAUUCGGAAUCAUUGAAAACCGCUCAGGAUCCGUAUCUGCCCUGUGAACCGAUAAGGUUCAAAUUGGCGAAAGAUCCCAUGGUGGGAAAAUUGUACCAGCUCCGACAAGCACUUAAAGUAAAGGGUUUCACCAUGUGUGGAUGUCCAGAAUUGGAAUCCUGUGAGCAUAGAAGUGUGAAGGAGAAGAAGUUGAUCAAAAAGGAGUUGAGAAAGCUGACGAAAUGCUUGGCUCUUCCAAAGAGUACGGAACUAAAGGAUGUCCCGAUUGAUAGUGAGUCUGAGAUGGAUCUUGAAUUUACGCCUCCAUCAGCCAUGCUGAAAUCAGGGCUGCGUAAGCCGGAUGUCGUAUGUACGGAGACUCAGUACUGCGUAGAAGAUUACAAAGUGCAUAUACCAGCGGAUAAAAUGAAAUGUAAACCUGGUCGAGAAGAUCCUCAAGAUGUUGGUAGUAAAGGAGUAAGGACCAAGCUUGGACGAGGAGCGACUCAAGGGGACACGAAAGAUAUCAAAGGUGGCAAAGGUGGUAAAGGUGGUAAUGGUGGCAGAGGUGGAGCAGCUGGAACUAGGGUAGGUGGAGCAUCUAGGGGUGGGGCAAGUGGUAAAGGAGCUGGUGCUGGUAAUGUUGCUGGAACCGGGAAAGGUAUUGGUGCGGGUGCAGGGAAAGGAGCAGGUGGUAAAGGAGUUGAUGGUACAAGAGUUGGACCUGGAGCUGGUGUUGGAGCAGCAGGUUCGAAAGCGGGAGCGGCAGGGAGAAACAAAGUACAAAAGGUUCACCGCCCGGAGGGAAAUCAAGCUCUAACGAUGAAAGAAUCCGGUAGAAUGGUCGACCCUUGCGCUCCCAGUUCAAAUUAUCACCCAAACGUUCCAAAAGGAUGUGGUAUACAAUCUACAAAUGCAUGCUACCCCACUCAUUGCACUCCAAUGGCUGCAUGCUAUAAUCCUUGUUAUACCGGAUGUAUGCAGUGAUGUAUGUAUGUUUGAUUGAGAUUAUUUACUAAA